GUCACUCACGUUGAAUGUCAUAAACCCUAGCUAGCCACCCAGAUUUCCGUCUCGUUAAAUCCUAAAAUCUCCAAUUCUCCUCGCUCUCUGCUGAUUCAGUUGCAAUCAAGCUUCAGUAUGCUAACCUAAUUAGGUGAGGAUAAAGCCUCCCAAUAGAUGUCAAGUUUCUCAUUAUUCAAAUGGCUUCCCUUUCCAAAAGCUUCCUAAAAGCAAGAACAAUCGAUCGAGCUUCUUUAUUGAGGUGGGUCCCAGGACAACUAUCUUCUUCCUUAUCCUACUCAUACUCCUCCACCGUUGCUGUCUCUGAAAUCCAACCUCCACUUCCAACCCCACCCCCACCGCCACAGCCACAGCCAACAUCGUCAUCUCGACCUCAAGAGAAGCUAAGAGGAUGGACAAGGUUCCUGCUUUUUGUUCCAGGAGCUAUCACUUUUGGACUUGGAACUUGGCAGAUCAUCAGAAGACAAGAAAAGGUGAAAAUGCUGGAGUACAAACAGAGUAGAUUGGAAAUGGAACCUAUUAACUGUAACUACAUCACUCCUUCAGGUGAAAAUUUGAACUCUCUGGAGUUCAGGAGGGUGGUCUGCAAAGGAGUUUUUGAUGAGGCAAAAUCCAUCUAUGUUGGUCCACGUUCUAGAAGUAUAUCAGGAGUGACUGAAAACGGAUAUUACCUCAUUACUCCCCUUAUGCCGCUACCGAGCAGUCCGGAAAGCUUGCAGAUGCCAAUUAUAGUCAACAGAGGAUGGGUCCCGCGAAGUUGGAGAGACAAGUCGCUAAAAGUUGUGCAAGAGGAUGGACAUCCUCCAAAUGUGGAAUCUACUGCUAUCCAUGAGAGCAGCUCUUGGUGGAGAAUUUGGUCUAAGAAGCCUAACACUACUGAGAAGGGCCAGAUUCCCGAGAUAAUGCUGGACGAAAUUGUAGGAGUUAUUCGUGGAAGUGAGAAACCAAGCAUUUUUGUACCAGCAAAUGACCCGACUUCAUUUCAAUGGUUCUACAUUGAUGUUGGCGCAAUUGCUCGUACUUGUGGGCUUCCUGAGAACACCAUAUACAUUGAAGCAGUGAAUGAAAACGUGAACCCCAGUAAUCCAUACCCAAUUCCAAAAGAUAAUAAUGCAUUGAUUCGCAGUUCAGUAAUGCCGCAGGAUCAUCUCAACUAUACACUCACUUGGUAUUCUUUAUCGGCAGCAGUUACAUUUAUGGCCUUCAAGAGACUUCAGCCUAAGAAGAAAAUGAGAUAAUAUUUUUGUUGGUGGCCACAGUUUCUUUUUGUGAUAAUGGAGGUAACUUCAGUUCUUUACCUAUUCGUUUGUCAUGCUGACUAUUUAUCAUCAUGGCUCUAUAUGGCACUAGAAUUGGUGUUGGAGUUUUUUUAACAAACACGUACACUUGCAUUUCCCCCGUGGGCUAGCAUC